GCGGGGUGUGGGUAUGUGUGUGCCAAGGAGGAGGUAGCUAGCUCUCUAACCUAACCACGGGGACAGCGGGUUGGCUGGCUUUGCCCAGCCCAGGAGAUCGCUGGGUUCCUGUGGCUCAGAGGAGACCUCUCCUUGCUUGGGCAAGAGGAAGAUCUCGGUUUGGGGCAUCUUGAGAUCUCCUGCUUGGCUCUUGGAGACCGGGCGCGGGAGGGAGCCAUCCAUGUCGACCUUCUCCGAGGAGGAGAGCCGGCGACGGGGCUACCAGCGGGGGCCCCGGGGCAACCUCCCCAGGGCCACCCCCAAGCAAGCUUUGCUGCAGCUGGUCUGCCAGAAGCGAGACCCCGCCGACAGGACCCUCCUCUCCAUCCUCUUCUUCCGCAGUGAUCCAGAUUCGAGAGCCAUCGGCGACAAGAUUGAGCAGGCCCUGGAACUGGUGAAGACCCAUCUGGUCUACACUGUGCGAGAGGAGGUGGACCUCCUGAAGGACCAGAUCCGGGAGCUUCUGGAGAAGAACGGGCGCCUGCAACGAGAGAACCACCUGCUUAAGAACUUGGCCAGUCCAGAACAGCUCCAGAACCUCGAGUCCCAUCGGCCCCUGAAGGUCCGGCCACCCUGUCCUGAGGACCCCCAAGCCCGGAAGAUGAAGGUCCACCAAGACCUUGAGAUCCUUCUCCCAGGUCCUUCUGGUUCCUCCUCCCUCAAAGCAGAACCUGGCAUUCCUCCCUCUUGAAAUUAACUUGGUGAGGCUCAGGUGAAGUUGGUGGUCCACCAAGACCUCGAGAACCUUCUCCCAAGUUGGUGGUCCACCAAGACCUCAAGAAGCUUCUCCAAAGUUGGUGGCCCACAAAGACCUUGAGAAGUUUCUCCAAAGUUGGUGGUCCACCAAGACCUGGAGAACCUUCUCCCAAGUUGGUGGUCCACCAAGACCUCAAGAAGCUUCUCCAAAGUUGGUGGCCCACCUUGUCCUUGAGAUCCCACCCCCAACUGAUUAACUCCAACUUGGGGACUCCUUCCCUCUCAGUCUGUUGGAGAUCGAACGGGACUCAAACUCAGGACCGUCCUGGGAUAAGAGGACCUAGUGGGGAGCAGCAUGAUGAAGAGCAGAGUUUCUUCCGAAGAAGUCCACUCACGUCUUCUGGGGAAGGAGAUAUCAGCUAGGUGGAUCAGGGGAACGCUCUGGAUAUAAUUGAUCUUGUAAUUUACCAAAGGUUCUCUCGUUGAAUUUUGAAAUUUAGCAUUUACAUGACAUUUACAUCUACCUCUAUCUAUCUAUCUAUCUAUCGUUCUUGCUACAAGUUAAUAAAUAAUAAUAGGGUUCUCUUUGGGGGGGGAGAGGGCUGAUUAUUUUUCUUCCAUUGAUGAUUUUUGCAUAUUCUGCAUUUGCAUAUUCUGCGUUUUGCAUAUGGUGAUUUUUAAACCUCCAGGGGAUUGGGUGGUCUAGCAAUAAAUGGAAAUGGAAUCUU